GAAGAAUUCCAUCAUACCCUUGAAUCUAUUCUUUGAGCUUCAAGUUGUUGCAGGGAGUCAAACUGGAUUCUUCUCCACACAUAGAUUUCUAUCAGUUGUUGGCAGUUCCACGAACAGCUUCAGCUACCGAUAUCAAGCUUGCGUACCACCGUGCCCUCCUGCUAUCUCACCCAGACAAACGUGUCAAUGCUGCCAACGUCCCGACAGCAGACAUCGCCUUGAUCAAGGAAGCAUACACGACACUUGCGUCUACAUCGUCAAGAGCUACAUACGAUGCGCAACUAUCCCAAAAUCGCAAGCCCAGCGGACCCAGACCUGCUCAGAUCAUCUCACUAGAAGAUUUCAGCGAUACCGGUCCUGACGACGAAAGUGGAUUAUGGACGUAUGGCUGUCGAUGCGGAGGUCAAUACCGGAUUGGUGAAGAGGAUAUGGAUAAAGGUCAGCAUCUGGUGGGCUGCACCAGCUGUUCUGAAGUCGUGUGGGUGGGCUAUGAGAUCGCCGAGGAUGGAUGACUGGGUUAAAAGUCUUGCGAACAUAGGAACGCAGUGGAUUUACGACCAAUGAUAGUAUGUGCUUUAUUCUACGAUGUGUGAUUAUGAAAAUCUAAGAUUAUGUUCUGAUUAUCCAU